AUGCGGAAUCCAAGCCUAACCCUUGGCCAGGAUUUCAAUAGUGUGGUAUACAUAUCUAACAUAAACCCUACCUUGAAGUUUUUGCAACCUACCUACAUGAGCACGGGAAAAGCGUGUGGAGUCGCAUGGCAAGUCUGGUUGAUUGUAAAUCAGAGGAGGAUUAUGAUCAGUUAUGUGACUUACUUGCAGGAUUCCAUCAUCUUUCUUUCAUUAAUUGAGGCUGUUCAGAACUCUGCAAAGCUUGACAAGCAAGAUAUUAUUUAG